AUGCGAAGCACGUUGGGUCUACUAUGCCUAUGCUGGGCGGCUGCAGAUUUGGGUACUUUGGGCGGUCAACACUCUGCCGAGGACUCCUGCCGUCAGCAGCUGCUGGCCAACAGUAGUUGCUGCUUGGAUCAGCAUGGCGAUCAUGACGUGUUGCAACGGAAGAUUGCAAGGCCAGGUACAGCUUGGCCGUGUGUGCCCAAGGACGGCUGCGUGUCUACUGAGGGUAGGCGGGGAGACGACUUAAUCUCAGUGCCUGAAGAUGCAACCUGCGAUUCAUGCCGAAUCUUGUUCUUGCACGGUGGCAGCUGGUACUAUGGAUCUCCAGUCACUGAUGAAUAUCGGGCGCUUGCAGCGAAGCUGGCACACAGAACCCGAUGCGUUGUCAUGCUUCCAGACUUUCCUUUGCUUCCCGUUGGAAAGUAUGUCUCCAUUCUGACAGCUUCCGUGAAAUCGCUGCAGUUCCUUAGCACCUACCAAGUGUGGGAAAGCUGCCGGCCGUCUACGCCCGUAAACAUGUUUAUUGGCGGUGAUUCGAGCGGUGGCACGACAGCGCUGAGCAUCGUUUUAAGAUGGAAGCAGGAUCCUGACAUACUUCCGGCGCACGCGUCCUUCGCAGGGGGCAUUUUCUGGAGUCCCUGGACCAACCUCAUGUGCAACACCCCGGAGUACAUCACGAACGCCUAUAUGCAUGGACCGCCGCCAACUGAUAUCUCCGACCACGUUGGAGAUAUCGUUUUCAACCAGCGGCCCUUGGAGAACAUGGCGAGCUUUCGGCAGAAUGCCCUGGAAUAUGUAGGCUCACUGCAGAUGCUAAAGGAUCCCAUAGCCUCUCCCUUCUUCGCGGAUUCGGAGUGGCUGGGCAUGGGCACUACCCCGGCACUGUACUUCGCAGUCGGGUCUUCUGAGACGAUCUUGGGGGACACGACCAUCCUUGCUGAGAAAGCAGCGGCGAACGGCGCGCGGGUUGUGGUGGACAUCUUCCACGGUAUGUGGCAUGACUUUCCUAUGUAUUCCGAUGGCUGUGGCUCUGGCCAGCCGCUAUGGCCAGGCCAAAGGGCCUGGAACAACACGGUGGAGUUCGUGCGCGUGGCAAGCAUCGGGGCAAGUGCCGGGGGGGCACCGGGAAAUGCAGGUGGCUGGCCGCUGAUACGCUACAUCUACGAUGAGUCGGCCCAAGGUCGAGCCGGAUGGUUCCCAUCGAAAUCCAGGCCGCUGUUGCUCGAGCACGGCAGGGUGGAGGCAGGUGGACAUCCCUGGCUGAAGGCUCUGGUCUUCAUGCUGUUUGGAGCAUUGGUGGGGCAGCUCGUGUCAGUGGGUUGCGCGCCGUUGAGAACCGCCGUGCAGAAGCUGCUUGCAACGAAGCGCGGCAGCCGCGCCGGUCCUGAGGAGAUGGCGCCGCUCCUGGAACCAAACCGGGUUCCUCGGCAGUACUCUUCGCAGGCCGUCACCGGCCGUCGGAUAGGAGUGCCCCGUGCUCAGCCUGCUUGA